AUGCACAAUUCAUCAUAGUUCAUAUGAAAGUAGCAUUAAUGGCAUCAAGAUGACUGUGGAGCAGUCGCCUUUGGAGCGUUACACCAAUCAGCAGAAACAGCAGCAACAGCCGCCAAUUCUGAAUGCUGAAAAAGAUGCUGCACAAUCUCCAAAUGCUGGGGUUAUAGACUUAACAAAUGAUGGUGCGGAUAAAGAAGAUGACUUGAAAAAAGCUAUUGCCCUGUCUCUAAAAGAACAGGAAAAGGUUCUGGGGGGACAAGUUUCUAUGGAAGAUCAAGAUAUAAGCAGAGUUGUAGAAGCAAGUCUCGCUGAAACAAAAGCAGUUGGAACAAAAAGGAAAAGAGGAGAAGUAUGGCAAGAUCCCUUGAACCCUCAUGACCGAAAACGAAAUGGAGAUUGGCCUGUGGGUCUGAAAAAUGUAGGAAACACAUGCUGGUUUUCAGCUGUUAUACAGUCUUUGUUUCAUCUUCCUAUUUUCAGAAGGUUAGUUCUGAGUUAUUCUCCAAGAGAUUGGAAUAUGAUUGCACCUGAUGCCAAGGAAAGGCGGAAUCUUGCAUUCAUGCAAGAAUUAAGAAAAUUGUUUGCUCUUUUAUUAUGUUCAAAGCGAAAAUAUGUAGAUCCAUCUCAUGCAUUAGAAGAAUUUAAAGAAGCUUUUCCUGAUAGUAGUGGAACUGAUUCCCAACAAGAUGUUAGUGAAUUUAGCCAUAAACUUCUGGAAUGGUUAGAAGAAGCAUUUAAAAUGAACUCUUAUCCACAAAAUAUAGGAGAUAAUGGGGAGAGUAUGAUGGAAGAUUCUGUACAAAAUCCCAUGUUAGAUUUAUUUUAUGGUCAUUUUUUAUCUGAAGGACACAAUGAAGGACGCAUGUUUAGCAAUGAAGAAACAUUUGGCCAAUACCCCCUUCAAGUCAAUGGCUUUAGUAAUAUUCAUGAGAGUUUAGAGGCUGCCAUGGCUCAAGAGAUUGAGUCAUAUGAUGUUAUGACAAAAUCUGGUCAAGAGAGUUGGUUUACUCGUCUACCUCCAGUGUUACUCUUUGAACUUUCAAGAUUUCAAUUUAAUCAACAAUUAGGACGGCCAGAAAAAAUUCAUAAUAAAUUAGAAUUUCCAGAAAUAAUGUACAUGGAUAGGUAUAUGGAACAAAAUAAGAAUACUACAAGGUCCAUUAGAGAAAAAGUUCGGCGAUUGAAGGAUCGGCGAGAUAAACUUCAGACUCAACUUGAAAAGUAUCUGAACUAUGGAUCUGGGCCAAAAAAGGUUCCACUUUAUGAUGUGUUGCAGUAUACGCUAGAUUUUGCCGAGAGUCGAAAAAGCAGCGAAGAGUUGAACACGAUGGAAGAUAUCGAGAUGGCUUCUCCCGCUUCAGUUUCCAGGAAUAGUCAGCAAUUCAGACAAGCUAAUUUCCGAAAUAAUAAUCGUCAGUUUGUUGAUAAUCGACCCAAUGCAUCUAAUUACAAACCUCAUAGUUUUCAACAAAUUGGAAAUAAAUCUAACGGUAAUAUCAAGAACGGAAAGAAAGUU